AUGCUAUGUCGUCUAAAUUUUACGCACACUCCAAUAUUAGUCUAUCAUAUUUAUAUUGUUGUAGCGCCAUUAUCUUCUCCUUAUUAUAUUUUCUUCGCAAAAUCCAACAAAUUAUGCCUAAAGCAGACUUGCGACAACCGCUCAUUUAUAUUCUCUGUCAACAAACUAUUAUUGAAUUUGAGUUUUUCUAUCGAUCGAAUUUAUCAUCAUAAUGGAAUUGCUUAUGAUUACUAUUCAAGAAAUGAUAUUGAACAAGCACGAGUUGGCGAUCAAUGGAAACUUUGGCCCCUCCCUAAUGAAAUAUAUCAAAUUCAAAAAAAUAGUGCGAUGAAUGAUAUCGAAACUUCGCCAUUUGUUCCGUCAAAACUUCUGUUUGUUGAUACAAUUUAUGUUAUGACCGAUCCGCGUUUGACUGAACGGCAUGCUAAUCUGAAAAAAGCGCUUAGUCAACAAGGUAUUUCAGUUAAAUCAAUAGAAUGGAGAAUGAAAUGGAAUCUAACAACAUGCAACUCUAUCUCAAGUCAUUCAUAUGUUUAUAAACGAUUAAAUUUGAAAAACAAGCCUUUAAACAAACAACAGCAACGAAAAUGUGCUUUAGCAAUGAAACAUGUCGAUGUUUGGUACGAAAUGGCUGAACGAAAAAUUCCGUUAGGUUUAAUUCUUGAAGAUGAUGCUAUAUUUGUACCAUUCUUCAAAGAGAAAUUUGCUCGAAUGAUUUAUACAGCUAUUCAAAGUAAAGCAUUACGUAUUAAUGGAACAUGUGCUAAAUCAAAAGAACGUCCUAUAUCAGAUAAUGAGUGGAUAGAUCAGAAUCCAAUGAUUGUUAUCGGAACAUGUUUUAACUUGCAUGGACAAUGUUUUCAGAAACAUUUUUCAAAUGCUCCACCACUUUUGUCAACACAUAAAUCAAAUCCAUCACGAUGCACUCAUGCUUAUUUAUUAACAUCAUGUUCAGCACAAGCAUUAGUUAAUCAAAUUCAAGCACAAAAGAAUGAUUUUUGGCCAUCAGAUUUUAUGCAAAAUAUGUUAUUUCCUUUAUCAUCGACACUUCAAUCCUUUUGGAUGGAUCCACCACUCGCUUAUCAAGGAAAUCAAGUAUUGGAUCUUGACAAUCUGUCAUCGUUUAGAGAACAAACUUAUAUGUCAAAUCGAUAA